GUUCAAAGUUGCAAAAAACUUGUAAGCAAAAUGGCUAACUUUGGCUAUUUGGGUAAUUUUCUACUGUUCUGUAUUCUACUAGGAAUAGUGACUUCUAGCCAUGCUCAGUUACAGCUCAACUUUUAUGCAAAGAGCUGUCCAAAAGCAGAGAAGAUAAUUCAAGAUUAUGUCCAAAAGCACAUCCCAAAUGCUCCAUCUCUUGCAGCUGCCUUGCUCAUACUGCAGUUCCACGAUUGUUUUGUCAGGGGUUGUGAUGCAUCUGUGCUUCUGAAUUUCACUUCGAGCACGAAAAACCAAACUGAAAAGGUGGCUAUUCCUAAUCAAACACUGAGAGGCUUCUCAUUCAUUGAUGACGUGAAGAAAGCAGUUGAAGCUGAAUGCCUGGAGUAGUCUCUUGUGCAGAUAUUGUUGCCUUAGUUUCUAGAGACUCCGU